AACGCAAUAAAAGAAAAAGACUUUCCUCUGUUGGAAGCAAAACAACAAAAGUAGAUAAAUAUUCAUUGUUCAAUUUUUUCAGUGAAUGAAUCAAGUGAUAAAAAAAGAUAAAUAGAUAGAUACAUAGAAAGAGAAACAAGUGGUGUAUGUAUGUGUCUAUGGUUUCUAGAGAGAGAGAGCGAGAGAGAGAACAUUGAAGGUUUGCUUUCUGUUUUGCUUGCUCAAACUUGCCUCGUCUAUGCUCUAUUGGGCAGUUUAGGGUUCUCUCUUAGAUUUUUCAACAUUUCUCUUUCUUUUAUUACCUUCUUUUAUUCUUCUUCUUGCUAAGUUAAUGUUUUUCAACCUUUCUUCUUCUUCUUCAUAUUCUUGUUUAUCUUGUUAGAUACAUAUUUGAGUUGAGAUAGAGAAGAAUGUGGGAUCUGAAUGACUCACCUGAUCAGAGAAAAAACUAUGAAUCAGAAGGGUGUUCAAUGGAAGGUGAUGAAGUUGAUGUUGAUGAAAAAGGAAAAGGAGUUGGAUCUGUUUCAAAUUCAAGUUCAUCAGCAAUAGUUAUAGAAGAUGGAUCGGAAGAAGAAGAUGGUAACAUGACGAAGAAAAAGAGUAGUAAGAUAUUUGGAUUUUCAAUGGAUGAUAGUAGUGACUGUCCACCUGUGACUAGACAGUUUUUUCCGGUAGAGGAUUCUGAGACGAUAACAACGGUGGUAGAUUCUUCUUCCGGUGGUGGUGGUGGAAGCUCUUCUUUUCCAAGAGCUCAUUGGGUAGGUGUAAAAUUUUGUCAAUCAGAAUCUGUUAACGGUGGUAAAAUAGUUGAAGCUUCACAACCGAUGAAGAAGAGUCGUAGAGGACCAAGGUCCAGAAGUUCUCAGUAUAGAGGUGUUACUUUUUACAGAAGAACAGGUCGAUGGGAGUCUCAUAUAUGGGAUUGUGGAAAACAAGUGUAUUUGGGUGGAUUUGACACGGCACAUGCAGCUGCUCGUGCAUAUGAUAGAGCUGCAAUUAAGUUCAGAGGGGUAGAGGCAGAUAUAAAUUUCAACAUUGAAGAUUAUGAAGAGGAUUUGAAGCAGAUGAGCAAUUUAACAAAGGAAGAAUUUGUUCAUGUACUACGGAGACAAAGCACUGGAUUUCCAAGAGGAAGUUCUAAAUAUAGAGGUGUGACUUUGCAUAAAUGUGGAAGAUGGGAGGCUCGAAUGGGUCAAUUCUUAGGCAAAAAUUUGAUUCAAUUUACCAGGUAUGUUUAUCUGGGUUUGUUUGACACUGAGAUUGAAGCUGCAAGGGCAUAUGAUAAAGCAGCAAUUAAAUGCAAUGGUAAAGAGGCUGUCACCAAUUUUGAUCCCAGCAUCUAUGAUAAUGAACUUAAUUCUGAAUCAUCAGGUAACGCUGCAGAUCACAAUUUGGAUUUGAGUUUGGGAAAUUCAAGUUCUAAAUGUAGCAAUAAUAAUCAAGCAUUUGGGAAUCAUAACACAAAUGCCACCACUGAUCAAUACAUGGCACCUGAAUCAAAUUGGCGGAAUGGUGGAAUCAGACCUAAGCCUGUGAAUAUACUACCAAAACCAUGUGGUAUAAAUAACAUGGAUGGCUUUGUAAGGGAUGGGUAUGGAGAGAAUGAAACCUUGAGGAUGCUAAGCCAAACUCAUCUUCAUCAAUCUUCAAUUGCCACUAAUGAAAUGCAUAGAUUUGGUCCCUAUAGGUCACCUAUGAUUGAACAACACCCUCAAAUGCUUCACAAUUUUCCACAUCUUCACCCCUCAAAUUUUCAUGUUUCGAGCAGCAGCAGCAAUGGAGGCCGAAUCGGAAGUGAUUUAACAUUAUCAAUGUCUGAUCAACAAAAAUGGCAAACAGGGCCUCCUCCACAUUUGUUAGCAACUGCUGCAGCAUCAUCAGGAUUCCCACCUCAAAUAAGACCCUCUUCUUCUCAAGGUUGGCUGCAGAAAAAUGGGUUCCACACUCUCAUGAGACCCUCUUGAACAACAACAACAUUAAUAUUUAUUUCUUCAUUUUCAACCUUGCCAUUUUAAUUAAUUUCACAUUUAAAUAAUCUUAUUUAUUGUUGAGCAUGUACAAAUGAAUGCGGUUUAAUUAAAUUAGUACAAAACCAUAACUUUACCAUUGAGGUGAAAGAAGUGAUAAAAGUAAGCCAAAUUGGGAACACUCAUUGGUCUUUUUUCUGAGUCAGUCAAACUAACAAACGGACGAAAUCUUUAACUAGAUACUCUAUGUUAUGAUCUACUACAUAGAUAUUAUUCUGGCUUCUGA